AUGCCUCUUGGAUUUACCGACAGCCUCACGGCAACGACGUACAGCGUUGUGUCUACGGUCCUCAUUGGCCUCGUCUUCCUGGUUAUCUUGCCCUUUACUAUACUUGCCCUGAUUAAACUUAGGCGCCGGAGAGAUCCGGCCAGGAAAUUUGUGUCAUGGCUCAAAGCCAGCUUCUUUUUAUUCGCAAUAACAUUAUGUUUAUUAUUCGUGCAAGGCGUCAUGCUGACCUACGAAGCCUUUUCGGACGCCUCGCACUGGCACAUCGUUCGGGGAUCGUUCCAUAUUGGAUUUCUUGCGGAUUUCUUCAACGCAAUCUCGGCAACAAUGGUCAUGGUGAUGUUAAUUGAAUUUGGUCCAAGCAUGCGUCUCGCAUUCGAAGGCAAACCGGAUACCUUGCAAAAGCCCCUACGAUACGCCGCCUACAUUCUUGCCUUUGUUAUUGUGACCUUGGCCUUGGCCUUCUACGGCCUCUCCGCUGACUUCCAGGAGAAUUACACAAACAAAAUAGGUUCGAUCUUUUCGACGGGGGAGGCGAUUAGACGUGCUCUUACUAUUUACAAAUUGAUAAGCGCAACGUCGAUUCUUCUUUGGAUUGCGUCGCUGAUUAUCAUGGGAAUGUCGAUUUUCGUCUUAAUGGAGAGGAGGGGAACGCCACUUGAGAGUGCAGCGAUUUCAUAUCUUUUCGCUGGCUUUUUCAAUUUGCUGAGUUCAACGUGGUACUUCGCUUACGCUGUCCAUUGGCUGUUGUACCCACGUGUCCAGGAAUAUUAUGUGACGGUGUUGACAAUCAUUCUUGGGUGGUGGAGCCGUGCAGCGUUGCUAAUCAUUUACUAUUUUGUGGCUGCAAAGAGUGCGACCAGGGGAGGUAUUUGGUCUCAUACUGGCAAAAACGACUACGGUCACAUGCCCUAG